AUGCCAUAUCCAUAUCCUCCACAGACUCCGUGCCAGGAUCCAGUAAAUGGCGAAACCCCUCCAACCAGCCCACUGCAUAGCCCAAAAUCUAGCCUACUUUUCCCAAAGGUCGAUUACGCCGAAGCUUUCACUCGUAUCUACCAUGAUAGCCCCCAAAGCUCCUCUCCACCCAGCAGCCUUUGUCCUUCAUCGCCCCCAAGUAUCUGUCACAUCCUUCCAGAUACUGUCAAAGACUCAAAUGAAGUUCUGGCAGCAUCUGUUACUUCCUCUGGGCACCAUGACUUUGGACACGCUGAUGUCAGUCCACCUAUGAGAAAGCAUGAGGGGCGACACCAUAUUUCACAGUCUGGUUACCACCCUUACGUCCGAAAAAAUCCCCCCACACCGCAGGCAGUGCGCAAGAUAGCAGGCAUGAUGGGAAGAUUAGCUACCAGUACAAAUUCAGACCAUGACGACGAUGAAACGGCUCGCAAAAUAUUUUCGCAGGGCCUGCAGCAGAUGUCUACUGAACGUCAUCUCUCAAUGACUUUAGCUUGGGAGGCGGAGAAGCUCUCAAGGCUCAAAUAUUUCAUUGAUGGCGAACAGCAGGAGCAGGAAGAACAAACCAUUCGGGCAUUUGAGGAAGCGGCACUCUUUACACGUAUGGUUGCUGAUCGCGACACAGAACGUGCUUCCCAGGAUCAAGAGUUCAUUGCUGUGAUCCAACAGGACGAGGUGAAAAGGGUGAAACGGUUGAAUGCUGAACUCGAUGAGCUUGGCAUCUUUCUUCCCUUGGACCCAUCGGCUUCAGACCUCGACAAUGCCAUCAGCAAACCCAGGGUCCUCUGUACAACCCUGGACAGUGCUGGACAGAGCCACAGAGCCCACAGAGAGGGUUCUCUCUGUGCAGCUCUGUACAGAGUCGUACAGUGUAAUGUAUGA